AUGAGCACUAAAUCUCCAUCGUCGUCCGGGUCAGGGCACAAGAGCCAUGAGUCGGAACAAGCGGAAGAGAGUAAGAACCCAGGACUCGACGUUUUGUCACUUUCGCGUGCGGUCCGAGCAAGAAAGGACGAGUACACGCGCCGGCGAUCUAUCCGAGUCAAGGUCGGCACGUGGAAUGUAGCCGGCAUCUCCGGCACCGAUAGAGACGUUGGAAAGUGGUUUGUUAAAGGAGACGGGGUCUGCCCGAAGUUCUCUGGGACAAACUACGGACGAGAGCCAGAAUUCGAAUCACACAGCAAGCAUGACCAGCAGAAAUCGGACGGCGACAAAAAAGGAACGUUUCACUACAGCCCUGAAGAGAUAGACCUGUACGUCUUGGGUUUGCAAGAAGUCGUCGAUAUCUCUUCCCCAACGGAAGCGCUCCGGCCGUAUGUCGAUCUGGCGCCAUCCAAGCGGUGGAAGGAAGCAGUCCAAAAGGCGCUACCGGAAGGAUAUCAGCUAGUCUCUGAAAUCCAGCUGGUCGGCUUGUUGCUCAUGAUAUAUGCGUCUCCCGCCAUUGGAGAGAGUAUUUCUUCUAUCAGUAGUACCUCUAUCGGCACGGGGCUGAUGGGAUACAUGGGAAACAAGGGUGCCGUGGCAACGCGCCUUGUCCUGGGCGAAACGACCCGUUUGGUCUUUAUCAACUGUCAUCUCGCGGCAGGGUCCGACAAAGGCAGCUUGGAGCGGCGCAACUGGGACUCUUCUCAGAUUGUCCAGCGUGCUAGAUUUGACGCGGUUUGGUCCGAGGGGGAAUCAUCGGGUGGUUCGGGCGAAGCAAUCGGAGAUGAAGAUUUCACCUUUUGGUUUGGUGACCUUAACUACCGCCUCGACGAUAUCCCCAUCACCUUCUUCUUCUCCCCCGAAGAAGAGGAGACGGAGCCUGUCGUUGGAUCUGUCACUGAACCUGUCACUGACGAGGAGAUUGAUCCUCAUAAUGACCCUGCCUCUCUUCAGACAACAAUUUCCUCACUCCUCCCGCAUGAUCAACUCGGACUCCAGCAGAGAAAAGGAGCAGCUUUCCACAAGGGUUGGCGGGAAGGUGACAUCACUUUCUUGCCGACGUAUAAAUACGAUGUCGGGAGUGUGGCCAUGUUUGAUUCGAGCGAGAAGCAACGGGGUCCUAGCUGGUGUGACCGGAUUCUGUUCCGCAGUCACCAUGACAAACUGAGACAUGAGAAGCUCGACCAGGAAGCGGAGGAGGCCCGAAAGAGGGAUGAGGAGCUGAAGGCAGGCGGGAUAGACAAGGCUGUUGCCGAUGAUAACGUCUUAUUUGAAUAUGACCCUGACGCAGAUGGUGUAGCCAGCGAGGAAUACAUAUCAGACGAGGAUCAUGCCGCUGAUGACGAUGCAGGCACACUUGCAUCGUUCGACUCUUCCCAUGAUCCAAUUCGCUUGGACCAUUAUCUGUCACACCAAGGCAUUCUUUCGUCGGACCACAAGCCUCUGGAUGCUGUAUUCACCUUGAGCUUUGAUGCGGUCAAUCGCGAACUCAAAACAAAAGUUCAUCAAGAAGUGGCCCGUGAAUUGGACAAGGCCGAGAACGAAGCUCGGCCGGAUCUCACUAUUGUGGUGGAUAAACAUGGUGACCAGGAGCACACAGACAAAGAUCCCGACACGGUCGAUUUCGGCGACAUUGCCUUCGAUGUGCCAGCUCAUCGGUCCCUAACUAUUGCCAACACCAGCGGCACCGCAGCCACUUUUUCAUUUGCAGAGCGACCUAACGUUGACGAGAAGACCAUUGCACAACCACCCUCAUGGCUUGUUAUGCACGUGUCCAAGUCUGCGGACGUUGCCCAUGACACUGACCAAGCGGUGAUUACUUCGUCUGGGACCCACACUCUGCUCCCUGGAGAAGUAGCGAAUGUUGAUGUCACAGCUUACGUUCGCAGCAUCGAACAUGUCCGAUUGCUUAAUAUUGGAAAGGUAAAACUCGAAGACAUCAUGGUCCUUCAUGUCGAUGGGGGUCGCGACCACUUUAUCUCUGUUCAUGGCCGCUGGCUACCCACCUGCUUCGGUUGCAGUAUCGACGAGUUGACUCGCAUGCCAGAAGCGGGCGCUCGAAGUUUGGCCGAAUCCGACACCCCUCACCCAUCCAGGACAGAUAGUUCCACGGGAAUCCGCUUGUCAGCACCCCGCGAGCUUUUCCGACUGACUGAGGCGGUUUCCGAGCUGACAGAGCGCGCGGUCGCAGAGUGGAGCAUGACAAAUGGUGAAUCUGAGGAGCAUAAAGCCCCAUGGACAACAGAUCUCUCCGGGGGAGCAUGGCCCUUUCAGCCUGAUACAUGGACUCUAAAGGACCAGGAGGCGCGUGCUUCGCUGCAAAGUUCCGUGCGUGAAGCCCUCGAUACGAACAAGUCCCUCACCUCAGUAUUUGCUCCUGAGUUAUCCUCUCUUCAUCGAUUGGAGGUCCUAGCUGAAACCCUCCUCACUUUCCUCAACGCGCUCCAAGAUGGUAUCGUCACUGCGAAAGUAUGGCAAUAUAUGGAGGAGCAGAUAACCGCACGUGAGAAAAGCAAAUCCCCUCCUCGAAACUGGGAAGAAACCCAGGCCUGGGUGCUUGAGCAUCUGGCCUACUCACCAGCGCACAGCGUAUCAUUUACGUUUGUCACUUUUAUGCUCGCCCGCAUCGCCAAUGAAGUGGCUCCAGUAUCGUCUGGUACACCGUUGCUCCCAUUAUCCAAGCAAGGAAAGCACAUUGUCGCCAAAGAACCGGCAGAUAAGCAGGCUGGAACUGCAAGCCAGGGUGAAGCUCAAUCUCCUACACCAGCUUCGGCUACUGCCUUUAUAAACAGCGGCAGUUUCCGCCGCAAGAACCGCUCCACGAGCACAUCCGCUAGCGCCAGCCCUGAGCCCACCAGUCAGAACGAUUCGAUAGCACGCCGGCAAUUAGUUGAGACUGCUCUAGCAUCUAUCUUUUCACUCGUGCUUAUUUCUGCCUCGGCUCCGCUGCCGCCCAAGGAGAAAGAGCGUCGUAUAUCUGAAGAGCGGAGGCGAUCAAUCAUUGAACCAUUCUUGAAGAUGGUUGGAGUGGAUGAUCGAGGCCCAUCUGGGGGUCGGUCUUGA